CAAAAACUGAGACAGACGCACAGAACCCUUUCCCUUCCCUUCCCCCUUCCCCUUCCCCUUAGAAAUGGAAUGUUCAAGAAUGCCUUCAACCAAUCCUCACUUCUUUAUGCCCAUUCUUCCUGGUUCCAACAAAGAACUGUUGAUUCCGUCUUCUUUCAUGAUCAAGUACUUGUUGGAUGACCCUCACGGCGAACAUUGCAAGCAAGCUGUCUUGAGAAGCAGCAGCAUCGGAAAGCACUGGCCGGUAAAGUUGAACGGCCGACGUCUGGAAGAUGGUUGGCCGGAGUUUGCCAGAGACCAUAACUUGCAAGUGGGCGAUUUCUUGGUGUUCAGACAUGAAGGGAACUUGGUGUUUCAUAUUAUGAUCUUUGAUGCAACUGCCUGCGAGAGGAAAUACCGAUCGUGUGAUCAUCAUCAUGUGAAAUUAGAAGAUGAUGAUCAAAGGCAAGAGAAGAAUGAAAGUUUCAAACCAGGUCCUCUAAAGGAUUUCAGAGGGUCUAAAGAUGUCUUGAAGAAGAAGCCAGAGCAUCCCUGUUUUUGGGGCACUGUACCGUUUUGUAAGGAUCAUAGAAUGAGUAUACCAUCAUACUUUGCGAGAGCAAAUGGUUUAAGUGGCAAGAUGAUCCUAAUAGGCGAAAAGGGAAAACCAUGGCCAGUGGAUAUAUGGCACAGAAAAAGUGACGGCCUAGUUUGUAUUAGUCGUGGUUGGUCUGCCUUCCGAGUUGCGAACGGCCUGAAGAGAGGAGACGUACUGAUAUUUGAGCUGAUUGAGAAAGGAGCCAUGCCCAUUACUAAUGUUCAUGAAGUCAUCUCUCGCAAGUGCCUUUAUCCUUAUUUUGUUGAAGCUAUGAAGCCGUACAACAUCAAGAAGUCUUAUUUGACUAUUCCUAAGAAAUUUGUAAUAGCGAAUGAUUUAUCUCAUAAAAAUUGUGAGAUAAUCCUCAGAGAUCAACAAGCUAGGUCAUGGCCCGCGACAUUGAUCCAUAGAAAUAAGGGCCUUGUUUGUAUUGAAAAUGAUUGGAGUAAGUUUACUGUCGCAAAUGACAUAGAAGUUGGAGACAUCUUCGUGGUAGAGCUUGUUAAGGAAGGAACGAAGCUUGUUCUGAACUUCUUUUCAUGGAAGGAAUUCUUUGCACAAUCACUAGAGAAGAUUUGGGUUGAGUUGGAAAAGAGAUAUGAAGAUACCCAGGAUAAGGAGACCUUACUCCAGAAGUGUCACACUCAAAUAAUCAGAAUGUGGUAAAUCAUGGGGUAAUUGCAUUAGUAGAAGUAGAGGAACGGGAGACAGGCCACAAGGUGAUGAUGUCUCCCACAAGAAGUAUGGCACCAACGAUUAGGACAUCCUUAAGUUCUCGCGUUGAAAUUGCUUUAGAAUGAAGAAUUAAUCCAAGUUCAAGGAGUCAAUAAAAUGCGAUCAAUUUGUGAUAGUUGUCAGUUAGGCAAACUUAAUAAAAUGCCUUUCUCUUGUUUUGAUAAUUCUAGUUCAAGUAUUUUUAAUAAAAUUCAUUGUGA